AUGGCGUCCUCCAGCAAAGACGCGGGCUCAUCUCCGCCUCUCUCUCAACCCCUCAACAAGGAUAAACGAGAGAUACGCCUUCUCGAGAUCCUCCCCAACACUCCUGACGGCAAAGUCAACUGCAAACUCCACACUGUCCUUCUUACACGAGAUCUUCACUACACCUGCCUCUCUUACGUAUGGGGCGACCCCAGCGUCACGGAUGAGAUCAUUGUUGAUGGCGUCUCACGACAAGUUACCGUCACCCUUGCCACUGCCCUUCGGCAUGUGAAGAAGCACUGGAUUGAUAUUGAACGAAAGUCAGAUGCUGAACUCGACACCUCCAAGUUCCGCUUGUGGGCUGAUGCACUCUGUAUCAACCAAAGUGACCUUGCCGAAAGACUGCACCAAGUCAGCAUGAUGGCGGAUAUAUACUCCUUGGCAGCCAUGGUUCUGGCCUGGCUUUCUUCUAGUGAUAAAGUUGUUAGCGAAGGUUUUGACGUGUUCGACAAGAUAAACCAGAUGCGCCAAGGCAUAUCUCUACCGGAGGAGCUUUUUCCCGAAUUCGCAGGAAUUCAAUUUGCUCACAUUAUCGGUGGCCCGAUUCAUUGGGGCGCGGAAAGGUUCUCGUGGCUCUUCCCACCAUAUUGCAGUCUUUUCAAUACUGAAGAUGUUGAUACUCUACACCCCGCAGAGCCUUUUGUUGCAGUUUUCAAUUUCUGCCAACUUCCGUUUUGGAGUAGAGCGUGGAUUCAUCAGGAGGUAAUACUCGCGAAAAGACUGUAUCUUCUGUCCCCUUCCCACCGAAAAGAACAUUUAGGUUGCAUCGCGGCACUCUCUGAACUAUAUAUUUACUUGCAAACCACGAAUGAGACGACUGAAGAUCCCGGGCGACGAUUCAAGGCCAGAAUUUACAAAUAUGUCUUUCAAAGGCCAUACGAGCUCUUCUGCACACGUGAGUCGUUCCAAGGUAGCAUUGGUGACCUACCUCGGUCUGAGAUGUGGCGUUUGGCAAUACAUUUGUGUACCAAUGCAAAUGCCACUGAUAACCGGGACUAUAUUUAUGGCCUUCUGUCUGUCGCCAAAUCCUCCAUUGUCCCUGAUUAUACCAAGGACUUUCGGCAAGUCAGCCUAGAUUUUAUGGCAUGGGUUUUACCUCUAUGGAAGGAGAUACACGAAACGGCAGUAAAAAGAAACUGGGAGGUUGUAUAUGGAGAUAAGUGGCGCUAUGAUAUCUCCAACAUCUUCAACAGUCAUGCUGUUGGUGUCAAACGCCUCUACGGUCUCCCAAGCUGGGCACCGGUGUUCUCGGAGGCUGACAGGCGAACACCAAUAGUCAGAGAACCCACAGAGCGUCGCUCCGCAAAUGGAACAGUACCUGAGCUUGUGAACCGUCUGCCUAUAAAGAUUCUCGACGAUGGUCUAACUCUACGGAUCGAAGGCAUCAAAGCUCAAUCUGUGGACUAUGUUUAUGACGAGAUUGUCUCUCCCGAGCUCCUGGAAACCCGGUUGACAAAGUGUAUCAUCACUUUGAAAAGCCGGCUGGGGGAAGCAUAUCGCAACGGAAAAAGUGUAUUGGAGAUAAUAUGCUGCACCUUACUUGGAAAAGAAGCAUGCGAUGACUAUAUGCACCAAGUAUGCAUCUGGCUUAGGCAUUCAGGACAAUGUAAUCUGCUUUCAAUGGAUGGACUGGAAAGACUUUUGCUUCACAACUAUGACUUAGGUUCAAUACUAUGUGGAUGGAGGAAUGCGAAGAGAAGCCAGAAUGGAAACCGCCUAUUCACAACAAAAGAUGGUUAUAUUGGCACAAUGCCCGACGAUGUGCGGCUUGGAGAUGUGGUCUGUGUACUUACAGGCUUCAGCGAGCUUGCGGUUCUCCGUCCUGAGGGGGACCACUAUCUUUUUGUUGGAUGUUGCUUUAUGAUAGGUCUGAUGAGUGGCGAGGUCUCGAAAUUACUCGAGAAGGGAGAGGUUGCGAUUGAGGCCAUUGAUAUUCGAUGA